GUAUACAAACAUGGCGUCCGACAGCGACAGCGACGAGGACUUUGUGAAUUUCGGGACUCCUCUGGAGCCUCUGGAGGAAGACGAGCCUCUGAAGAAACCCGUUCCGCUCCACGAGCAGACGGUCAAAGAUGAGAAGGGAAGAUAUAAAAGGUUCCACGGGGCGUUCACUGGAGGGUUUUCAGCCGGUUAUUUCAACACUGUCGGCUCCAAAGAAGGCUGGGCCCCGUCAACCUUUGUGUCGUCACGGCAACAGAAAGCUGAGAAAAAUCAUGCUAGGCCGGAGGACUUCAUGGACGAGGAGGACUUCAGUGAGCACGGCAUCGCUCCCAGAGAGAUCACCACCAGUCAGGAGUUCUCGUCGAGCCGCAGAGACGAGGCCAGAGAGAAGGCGAGAGCCGUCAACGCCCAGACCGCCCUGAUCCCCGGAGACACGCUGCUGGAGGAGCUGAUCGCACCUGCCAGGUCGUCCAUCGGGGUGGAGCUGCUGAGGAGGAUGGGGUGGAAGGAGGGUCAGGGCGUCGGGCCUCGGGUGAAGAGGAAACCUCGUCGACAGCAGACCGAGUCGUACAACACCUCACAUGAUGCAGCCAGACUUUACGGCUGUGCGCUGCCCCCUGCUGGUUCAGAGGACUCAGAGGACGACGAUGACGACGACUUCGCUCCAGAGAACGUGACCUUUGCCCCGAAGGACGUGACUCCUGUGGACUUUAACCCCAGGCUGGGGGUUCAGGGUCUGGGGUACCGCGGGCUGGACCCGGGCCUGGCACUGCUGGGCCAACGAGCAGCUGAACACAUAGACCUGUUCAAGCCUCAGUCUGAGACCAGGAGUCGACUGUUUGGAGACACGCAGAGACGCUCACGGAGAGGAGGCGUGGCCGGACAGGCGUUCGGAGUGGGGGCCCUGGAGGAUGAUGACGAUGAAGACGUGUACCACAGAGACUCCAUGUCCAGGUACGACAGGGAGCUGGGAGGGGAGGAGCCUGGAGACGGACUGUACGGCUGGACGGCUCCGCAGCAGUACACCAAGAAGAGAGACAAAAGCAAAGACGCGUCGUAUCUCGGUAAAAUCCUGGAGGGAUUCACUUUGGCCCAAAAACCAGCGGAAGAGAAAACGAUCUUCCCUCCCCCCGCUCUGCCCCGAGACUACAGACCUGUCCAUCGCUUCCAGCCUUCGCUCAACAUGUCCGGCCUCUCUGGGGUCAGCCCUGCUCUGGCCGAGGCUCUGAGGGUCUCCAGGGGCCACAUGGUCAAAGAGGAGCCCCAACAAGGAGGACGUCACCAGCUGGACUCCGGCCAGAGGAGGGCGCUGCUGGGAGAGGAUGCCCUGCAAGGUCCCAGUUCAGUCCUGGAGCUGCUGAGACCUGAAGACCGGGAACGACUUCUGAACCUCCGCAACUCCUCCAACCCGCCCUCUGCCAAGACCACGACCACGACCGCCACCACUGACUCCCGAGAUGCGCUGCGGUCAGCGGGGUCGUUGUCGGGGGCGUUGGCUCUGACCGGUCUGGUGUCCUCCGGCCUGCAGCAGCAGCAACAGGAGGCUCUGGUGUCGUGGAGAGGAGUGCAGACCUCCUCCCAGACCUUCAGACCGUUUGAGAAGACUCCCAGCAAACAGGCGCGCUACGAGCUCUACCUGAACUUCCUGAAACAGGGAGACAAAGAUGCUCUGGAGCAGAGUCUGGACCCGGGGAUGACAGAGUGGGAGCGCAGCAGGGAGAGAGAUGAGUUUGUCCGAGCCUCCAUCCUCUACAGACCCACCUCCUCCUCGCUCUCCUCCCGCUUCACCAGAAGCAAGAACCAGGAAGACGAGGACACCGUGGAGGUCAGCCGGGACCAGGAGGGAGACGUGGAUGACAAACAGGCGGCUGUCAACAUGAAGAUGUUUGGAAAACUGACCAGAGAAACAUUUGAGUGGCAUCCAGACAAACUGCUCUGCAAAAGGUUCAAUGUCCCCGACCCCCACCCCGGCUCAGGUCUGGUGGGUCUGCCCAAAGUGAAGAGGGACAAGUUUUCAGUCUUCAACUUCCUGACUGUGACAGAGAGCAGAGAGGCGACAGCUCCUCCAAAGCCUCCAGAGCCAGCGAAGAAGUCGAGGUGGGACGUUUCAGACCAGAAGGAGGAGAAGAAGAAGAGUGACGCUCUGAGUGAACUGCUCAGCGCUGCAAGAGACCAAACUGAGACCAAACUGGAUCAGACCUCUGUACCUGCCCCACCUGCCCUACCUGCCCCCCCCAGCAGAGAUCAGACAGAGACACGGUCAGGUGAUCAGCAGAGCUCAGACAUGAAGAAAGAAGGUGAUGAAGAGGAGGAGGAGGAGGAGGAGGAGAGCAGGCCUCCUAUGGAUCUGUUCAAAGCCAUCUUCGCCAGCUCCUCUGAUGAGAAGUCCUCUUCAUCAGAGGGAGAGAGUGAGGAGGAAGAGGAGGACACAAAGGAGGACGAGGGAAAAACGGAGCCACAGGCCGUGAAGCUCUUCAGCAUCUCGAACGUCACCUCCAACACCUCCUCCUCUGUCACCUCCUCCUCUGUCACCUCCACCUCUGUCACCUCCACCUCUGUCACCUCCUCCUCCUCCACCUCCAACCAGCAGACAGCUGUGGCUUCAACUCAGGAGGAGUUUGGUCCGAAGCUGCCGCCUCCUUCAGCUGCUCACAUCAGAGGAGGGGCCUCCUCCCUCUGCUCCCCCAGUGAGGAGGAGAAACCCAGCAGGAGGAGAAGAGAGGACAAAGAGAAGAAACACAAGAACAAGAAGCAGCACAAACACAAGAAAGAGAAGAAGAAGAAGAAACAUAAGAAGCACAAACACAAAGUGAAGCAGCAGAAGAAGAGUAAGAAGGAAGAGUCAGACAGCAGCUCAGAGGACAGUGACGAGGGCGGUGACCAUGGAGACGGACAGGUGUUGACAGAGGAGCUGCUAAAGAGACUGAAGAGCGCCCGGUCUCAUGAGACCUGGUGAACCAGCAGGACGUUUGUCCUCCGUGAGGACGACCAGCCCCCGUCUGCUCCGCACUCACUUCAUUUUAAAUAACAACUGUGAUUCUUGUUUUAAAUAAUAAAAUGUUUAUCAUUUAGUUGAUGUUU